AUGGGAGGUUCUCCCAUUUCUUGUAAAUCUAAGAAACAAGCAUCUGUGUCUCUUUCCUCAGCUGAAGCAGAAUAUCGAUCGAUGAGACAAUUAGUUGCGGAGAUCACUUGGUUAACUCGCUUACUGUCAGAUCUAUCAGUUCCACCGACUUUGCCGAUACUCGUUUGUUCCAACAGUCAAGCAGUGAUUCAUAUCGCUAGAAAUCCCGUAUUCCAAGAACGCACAAAAUAUGUGGAGCUAGAUUGUCAUUUCGUUCGGGAACAAUUUCUUUCCAAGCUAAUUUCUCUUCACUAUCUCCCUUCAAAGGAUCAACUUGCCGACAUAUUCACAAAGUCCCUUUUUGGACCAUCGCACCACCGUCUUCUUGCCAAGAUGGGACUCACUUCGAUCCCCUCCAUCUUGAGGGGGGGUGUUGAGAAUAAAGGAAGAGCGUCAUUUGAUCCAAACAAGAAAGCUUCAUUUGUUAGGCGAAAUAAACAUUUGGGACGAAAUAAACAUUUUCAAUUUAGUGCCCCGCCAUGCCCCACUUCAUCAAAGCACAGAUCAAAUAGGAAAAAAUUGCUAGUUCUUUUUCUUUUGCUGGAAAUUGCACUAGCAGUUGUUCCUAGCACCAUUAUUUUUUUCUGGAUAAGGUAUAGAAAAGGUAAAAGAGCUCCUCAACAAGCUGAUUCAUUGUCUGCCUUAACAAGAGAAAGAAUUUCAUACUAUGAAUUGAUCCAAGCAACUGAUGCGCUUAGCGAGAGUAAUCUGAUUGGUUCUGGAAGUUUUGGCUCUAUUUACAAAGGUGUUCUCAGAAGUGGAACUGCAUUUGCAGUUAAAGUGUUCAACCUGCAACUGGAUGCGGCAUUCAAGAGUUUUGAUACGGAAUGUGAAGUUUUGUGCCGACUUCGCCAUAGGAAUCUCGUUAAAGUCAUUACUAGUUGUUCCAAUCUUGAUUUCAAUGCUUUAGUGCUCGAGUAUAUUCCUAAUGGAAGUCUUGAGAAGUAUUUGUAUUCGCACAACUACUUCCUUGACACCAAGCAGAGACUAAGCAUAAUGAUAGAUGUGGCAUGUGCUUUGGAAUAUCUUCACCAUGGGUGCUCGUUGCCUGUGAUUCACCGUGACGUGAAGCCUAGUAAUGUCUUGCUGGAUGAAGAUAUGGUUGCCCACCUCAGCGACUUUGGCAUUUCAAAACUGCUUGGUGAAGAUCAGGGUGAUUUGUACACUAAAACCUUAGCAACAUUGGGGUAUAUUGCACCAGAGUAUGGACUGGAAGGACGAGUGUCAACAAAGUGUGAUGUCUAUAGUUAUGGGGUCAUGUUGCUGGAAACAUUUACUAGGAGAAAGCCUAAUGAGUUUGAGGGUGACCUUAGCUUGAAGCAAUGGGUGAGUUAUUCACUCCCAGAGGCAAUAAUGGACAUCGUGGAUUCCAACUUGGUAACAGAAACUGGUAAUCAGAAGGAGCUAGAUGUUGUGGCUUCAAUCAUGAAAGUUGCAUUAGAUUGUUGUGCUGAAUCUCCGGGAAGAAGGAAAACCAUGAAAGAUGUUGUAGGGAUGCUGCAGAAGAUCAAGAUUCAACUUCUUGCAUAUUGA